UGAUUUUGUUUACGAUUUUAUUAAUUGGUUACUAUAAAAUAAUUUGUUUAGUGAAAGAACGUAAAAGUUGUAUGAGUGCUUUUGUUGCAAUAAUACAGCGAUAUAUCACGAUGCGGGCAGUAUCUAUCGCGCUCGUGUUCGCGGCACUGUCCGCUUGUCAAGCAGCGACGCCAAAGCUGCGUUUCGAAUGGAAAGUAGUCGACUACCUCUGGGAAACACCAGCACAAAGAGAAAAGGCUAUAACGGAAAAUCAAUUCUUACCCGCAAAUAACCUACCACUAGGUUUGGGUCGUUGGAAAAACAAAUUAUUUGUCACAGUUCCCAGAUGGAAGGGCGGUGUGGCAUCAUCUCUGAAUUAUGUCGAUUUGGACGGUCCGUCGGACCAACCAUUGAAGGCAUAUCCUUCAUUGAAAGACAACCUGGUACCAGAUAAUGCGACAGAAUUACCAUCAAAUAGUUCCAUUAUUUCCGUAUUCAGAGUAUUUGUUGAUCCUUGUGACAGGCUCUGGGUGAUGGACUCUGGUUUGGCUGACAUUUAUGGAAUAGGAAACCAGGUAGCAGGUCCAUCUUUGGUUAUUUUCGACUUGAACACAGACCAACUUCUUCAUAGAUAUUUCUUCAAAGUUAAAGACAUGAAAGAAGACUCAUUCUUUGCUAAUGUCGUAGUAGAUGUAGACAAAGACAGCUGCGACAAUGCAUUUGCGUACGUUCCUGAUUUGGGAGGCUACGGUGUGGUAGUGUACAGCUUGAAACAAGACGACUCGUGGCGUGUGGCUCAUCACUACUUCCACUUCGAGCCGUUAGCUGGCUCUUACAGAGUUGGAGGCAUCGAGUUCCAUUGGACAGACGGAGUAUUCGGCCUAGCGUUGUCCGAACCUAGAGAGAACGGAUAUCGCACCAUGUUCUUCCAUGCCUUCUCCAGUACUAAGGAGUUCUGCGUAUCAACCGAGCUCCUGCGCAACUACACCCACAUCAACAAGUCAGAAGCAUUCAAUGACUUUAAGUUAUUAGGUGACAGAGGGGAAAGGACUCAGGCGUCCGCUAGUUUCUACGACGAGAAGAAUCACGUACUAUUCUAUACUCAGGUCAAUCGCGACGGCGUUGGUUGUUGGAAUUCAAACAAACCGUACACACCGGAGAACAACCCAUUGCUCUUCAGUGAUCCUGAACUCUUUGAGUUCCCUAACGACCUCAAGGUCGACGACGAAGGCACAAUGUGGGUUCUGAGUGACAAAUUGCCUCGUUUCCUUUACAAAACACUUGAUCCAAACCAAGGGAACUAUAGAAUAUUCAGCAUUAGCACAUCCGAGGCUAUUAAAGGCACUGCAUGCGAAGCAUAAUAUUAAUAAAACAAAUAAGGUUGUUAUAUUAACUGAUUAAAAUGUUACCGUCCAAUAUCAAGUUAAUACUUAAAUUAUGCUUUGACAAAGUUCGCCGCUAUAGUAGUACUACGACGCUACUUUAAGUACAUCAUGCAAAUUAGUUUUUAAGUCGUUUAACAUUUAGACUAAGAAUUUCGGACAUGUUGAUGUGUUAUUAUAUCUUGUUAAUAAUGUAAUAGUUAUUGACUCUUUUCAUUGUAGUGUUCAUGUAUUUGCAGAUAGCUCAAACUUAUUAUAUAAAAUCUAGAUUACGAUUCCAUUGGAUUAAGAAUUGAUUAAAACCAUUGUUAAGCAGUAUUGUGUGACUAUGACCAGGCCUCGUGCAAACUUACAAUUUACGAUCUCUUAUCACUAUGUUAUUAUGGAUCUGUUAUUAUCUAGUAUUGCAGUUUAUUCAACUAGCACACGAAUGCCUUAUUAAUAUAGCCUACGUGAAAAAUACUAUGUUCUGAAAAAACAGUUUUUUAAAGGUAUAAAAAUAACGCUUGAUGAAAGCUAUCGGAAUUCAAUAUUCAAAUAUUUAAUUUUUACUGUAAUUAAUAAAAAAAAUACUAGUUAGACAGUAUUUAUUUUGAUGUCACUUUAAGGUCAAACAUGGGUUUAUUUUAUAAAUUGUACGGAAUACAUUGACGCAUUUGUAAUUAUUAUCUACUUAUGUAAUUUGGUUUAUCAUAAUUCGAGAACAUUUAUGUAAAACCUGUAAAUACAUUUUGUAUUGGUUGAAAAUAUUGUACCAAUUUAAAUUUGUCUCAUGACUUGUACAGAGAUAAGAAAAGCCAAUGGAUAUCUUAAAAUUACAUAACAGUAUGAAAAUAUAUAUGUGCAGUUAUUUUUACAUUAUUUGUAUUGUUAAAAUGAAUUUUCUUUUAAGUUACAUUCAUUUUGUAAAAUAAGUUAUGAAAACAA